CUUGUCCAACAUACAAGUCAUGUGUAUUAGUGAUUGUAGUAAUUGUUCGUUGCUGCCACCAGUUGGGCGGCUACCUAACCUCAAAGAGCUUUGUAUAAGCCAAAUGAAACUUGUUAAGACGAUUGGUGUUGAGUUUUAUGGAAGCACUGGAUCUUCUGUAAUUCAGCCAUUUAAAUCACUGGAGAAGCUGAGGUUUUAUUGGAUGACAGAGUGGGAGGAAUGGGUACCAAGUGGAAGUGGAGGUGUAGACUUUCCGCGUCUCCAGGAGCUCAUACUACGGGAUUGUCUGAAGCUGAGAGGAAAUUUUCCUUGUGAUCUCCCUUGCUUGAAGAAGCUUAUCUUGGAUGUGUGUGGAGUUUUGCAUGAUCAAAGGGCCACUAGUGUUAACAUGAAAUACAAAUCUCUUGAAGAAUUGAGAAUAGGAGAAGGAUUAUUUGACGGUGUGUUAUCAUUACUAGAGACAAAGCUCCUGUCCAAACUUGAGAUUGUGAGUUUAAAUGACAUACAGUGCUUGCCCAACAUCAAUCGUCUUCAAAGUUUGAGACUAUGUAAGUGUCCAACCCUGUCGUCGUUCCCUGAAGAUGGGCUACCCACUACGUUGACAUUACUUGUGAUAACCUUUUGUAGGAGACUAGAAUUACCUCAUGAGAUGUUGGCCAAAUUAACAUCGCUCGGGCAUUUGGCGAUAUCCCAUAGCUGUGAUUCAAUGAGGUCCUUCCCGUUGGGCAUUGUUCCCAAAUUGACGUCGCUUUUCCUUUGGGAUUGUAAGAAUCUGGAAUCCCUUUCCUUGAUUGAAGAAGGAGUUGAUGAGAAUCUCAGUCUUUUCAGAAUCGCACACUGUCCAAAUCUGGUUUGUUUUCCCCGGGGAGGAUUGCCCGCUCCCAACCUGACUGAAUUGGAAUUCAUCAAUUGCAAGAAGUUGAAGUCAUUACCUGAACGCAUUCACACCCUCACACGCCUUCGAUCUUUGAAAAUAAGGGAUCUUCCAAAUCUGGAGUCAAUUGCAGAAGAUGGGGGUUUGCCUCACAACCUCCGACAUUUUUGCAUUGAGAAUUGUGAGAGACUGAGGGCUUCAUCAGUGGCAGAGUACUGGGGUUUGCGAGGACUUGUCUCCCUUGAAGAAUUUGAAAUUGGUGGCAGGGGAAGUGACGAAAUCUUGGAGACGUUGCUCAAGCAACAUUUGCUCCCUACCACUCUUCAUCGCCUCAAGAUCAGUCGACUUUCAAGUCUGAAAUCUUUGGACGCAAAGGGACUUAAACACCUCACUUCUCUUUCGUUUCUGAGCAUCUCUAAUUGUUCUGCCCUGGAAAAAAGGUAUAAGAAGAAGACAGAAAAAGCUUGGGCCGACAUAUCUCACAUUCCAUGCAUCAAGAUAGGCAAAGAAGUGAUCAUAUGAUAUGAGCUCUCUCUCUCUCUCUCUCUGACACACUUUCCUUGCAUCCGAUGUUUCACUCUCAACUCUCAAAUCAAACUCAGUCUUUUGCAGGACAGCAUACCUUCUCGUGGAGAGCUUUUCAUUUGCAAGGUUUCUUUGCGUGCCAUUUCCAGACGAGGGGUUUGCCGUUGUAUAUAGCCUUACAAUUGUUACAACGUGGAGAAACAGAGAGGCUCGCCUGGAAUAUAUAAGUUUGACGCAUUUCUGCAUACAGGCAUCGA